CGGAGCCGAAGCGAGCCCGCCCCGGGGGGAGGGCGAGGGCGGCGAGCCAUGACGGGCGGCGGCGCGGCGUUCCGCCGUCGGUGCUAGAGGGCGACCGCGGGGCGCGGAGCCCGCCUGGCUCGGGCGGCGCGGAGCGCGGAGGCAGCGCGGAGGGGCCGCUGCCGCCGCCGCCGCCGCCGCCGCCAUGGGCAACGCGGGGAGCGUGGACUCGCAGCAGACGGAGUUCAGGGCGCACAGCGUCCCCCUCAAGCUGCCCAUGCCCGAGCCCGGAGAGCUGGAGGAGCGCUUCGCCGUCGUCCUGAAUGCGAUGAACUUGCCGCCCGACAAAGCCCGGCUGCUGCGGCAGUACGACAACGAGAAGAAGUGGGAGCUCAUCUGUGACCAGGAAAGAUUUCAAGUGAAGAAUCCUCCCCAUACAUACAUCCAGAAGUUGAAGGGCUAUCUGGACCCGGCUGUAACCAGGAAGAAAUUCAGAAGACGAGUCCAAGAGUCUACUCAAGUACUGCGAGAACUGGAAAUUUCUUUAAGAACAAAUCACAUUGGAUGGGUCAGGGAGUUCCUGAAUGAAGAAAACAAAGGCCUGGAUGUUCUGGUGGAGUACUUGUCGUUUGCACAGUAUGCAGUCACGUUUGACUUUGAAAGUUUGGAGAACAACGUGGAAAACUCAAUGGACAAGUCCAAGCCUUGGAGCCGAUCUAUUGAGGACCUGCACAGAGGCAGUAAUUUACCCUCACCAGUUGGCAACAGCAUUUCCCGCUCGGGCAGACACUCGACUUUACGGUAUAACACCUUGCCAAGCCGAAGGACAUUAAAAAAUUCCAGAUUAGUGAGUAAAAAAGAUGAUGUUCAUGUCUGCAUCAUGUGUUUACGGGCCAUAAUGAAUUACCAGUAUGGAUUCAAUAUGGUCAUGUCGCAUCCACAUGCCGUUAAUGAAAUUGCACUAAGUUUGAACAACAAGAAUCCCAGGACAAAGGCGCUUGUCUUAGAACUUUUAGCAGCUGUUUGCCUCGUCAGAGGAGGGCAUGAAAUCAUUUUAUCUGCAUUUGAUAACUUUAAGGAGGUGUGUGGAGAGAAACAGCGCUUUGAGAAGCUGAUGGAGCACUUCCGAAAUGAAGACAACAAUAUCGACUUUAUGGUGGCCUGCAUGCAGUUCAUCAACAUCGUUGUCCACUCGGUGGAGGACAUGAACUUCAGAGUCCACCUGCAGUACGAAUUCACGAAGCUGGGCCUGGACGAGUACCUGGACAAACUGAAACACACGGAGAGCGACAAACUGCAGGUGCAGAUCCAGGCUUACCUGGAUAACGUUUUUGACGUGGGAGCUUUACUGGAGGAUGCUGAAACCAAGAAUGCAGCCCUGGAAAGAGUUGAAGAACUGGAAGAAAACAUUUCCCAUUUAUCUGAAAAACUCCAAGAUACGGAGAACGAAGCUAUGGCAAAGAUUGUGGAACUGGAAAAACAACUUAUGCAAAGAAACAAAGAACUGGAUGUGAUUCGGGAGAUCUACAAAGACGCGAAUACCCAGGUUCACACCUUGAGGAAAAUGGUGAAAGAAAAAGAAGAAGCCAUCCAGCGGCAGUCAACGCUGGAGAAAAAGAUCCACGAACUGGAGAAGCAGGGAACCAUUAAGAUCCAGAAGAAGGGUGAUGGUGACAUCUCUAUCCUUCCUGUCGCUCUGGCCUCCGGGAUGGUGCCCGCGGGGUCGGAGGCCGUGGCUGGCCCGUGUGUCGCAGCGGGUGCUGGAGCUGCAACUUCAGUACCACUGCCACCACCCCCGCCACCAUUACCCGCCUUAGCAGCGGCAGCUGAGGCAGUGCAAAACGGCCCUGUGUCGGUGCCGAUGCCGCCGCCUCCGCCGCCGCCGCCGCCGCCUCCUCCUCUCCCGGGUCCGUCUUUGGAGACGGCUCCUGCGGCUCCACUGCCCCCCCCGCCCCCGCCCUCGGCACCCCCCCUGCCCGGGACAGCCUCUCCCACCGUGGUCUUCAACUCAGGGCUUGCAGACGGGCCAAUCAAGCUCUUCUCUGUGAAAAUCAAGAAGCCGAUCAAGACCAAGUUCCGCAUGCCGGUGUUCAACUGGGUUGCCCUCAAACCCAACCAGAUCAACGGGACGGUCUUCAACGAAAUAGACGACGAGAGGAUCCUGGAGGAUUUAAAUGUGGAUGAAUUUGAAGAAAUAUUCAAAACAAAAGCCCAAGGUCCAGCCAUUGAUCUUACUUCAAGCAAGCAAAAGAUAACUCAGAAAGGGUCAAACAAAGUGACGUUACUGGAUGCCAACAGGGCCAAAAAUCUUGCCAUUACUUUAAGAAAAGCUGGGAAGACGGCAGAUGAAAUAUGCAAAGCUAUUCACGUGUUUGACCUGAAAACGCUGCCGGUGGAUUUUGUCGAGUGCCUCAUGCGGUUCCUCCCCACCGAGAACGAGGUGAAGGUCCUGCGGCUCUACGAGCGGGAGAGGAAACCCAUCGAGAACCUGUCGGACGAGGACCGCUUCAUGAUGCAGUUCAGCAAGAUUGAGAGGCUGAUGCAGAAAAUGACCAUCAUGGCCUUCAUCGGCAACUUUGCCGAAAGCAUCCAGAUGCUGACCCCGCAACUCCACGCAAUAAUAGCUGCGUCCGUCUCAAUAAAGUCGUCCCAAAAGCUGAAGAAAAUACUGGAGAUAAUCUUGGCUCUUGGAAACUACAUGAACAGCAGCAAACGAGGAGCUGUGUAUGGGUUUAAGCUACAGAGUUUAGACCUGCUCCUAGAGACAAAGUCGACGGACCGAAAGCAGACCCUGCUGCACUAUAUUUCAAAUGUGGUCAAGGAGAAGUACCAGCACGUAUCCCUCUUUUACAACGAACUUCAUUAUGUGGAGAAGGCUGCUGCAGUGUCCCUUGAAAACGUCCUGUUGGAUGUGAAGGAGCUGCAGAGGGGCCUGGAUCUGACGAAGCGCGAGUACACCAUGCACGACCACAACACGAUGCUGAAGGAGUUCAUUCAGAACAACGAAGGGAAGCUGAAGAAACUGCAGGACGACGCCAAAAUAGCCCAGGACGCCUUCGACGAUGCUGUGAAGUACUUUGGGGAGAAUCCCAAGACGACCCCCCCCUCGGUCUUUUUCCCAGUGUUUGUCCGGUUUGUGAAGGCUUACAAGCAAGCAGAAGAGGAGAACGAGUUGAGAAAAAAGCAGGAACAAGCCUUAAUGGAAAAACUUAUGGAGCAAGAAGCAUUGAUGGAGCAACAGGACCAAAAGUCUCCUUCGCAUAAAACAAAGAGGCAGCAGCAAGAGCUGAUCGCAGAGCUCAGGCGGCGGCAAGUCAAGGAUAACAGGCAUGUGUACGAAGGGAAGGACGGUGCUAUUGAAGACAUUAUAACAGCCCUAAAGAAGAAUAAUAUCACUAAAUUUCCAAAUGUUCACUCGAGGAUCUUCGAAACCAGCCGUACCGACGGGCCGACGCGGUGAGGAGAAGCGUCCGGCGGCGCUUUGACGACCAGAACUUGCGCUCUGCCAACGGUGCCGAGAUAACCAUGUGAGCUGGAGCACAUUUACAGCCCCGGGAAGGGCGAAAUUCACCUUCGGAAGGGCUCAGAGAGCUAGAAAACGCGUAGGGACGUCAGCGAUGGGCUCUCCGCUCAACCGUAGCUAACAAGUGCCUAAAACUGAAGUACCUGCUCAAAUUAAUCGAAGCAAUAGGACUUGAUUUGAUUGGGUAUCUUUGUACACCAAUACGUUAUUCAGUAUUUUUAACCAAAAUGUAAAAUACGUGUUGUUUUUGGGGUGUUUAGUUUGGUUUGGUUAUAUGAAAAAGUUUAGUGACGGGUCUCCGGUGGGCCUGGCCUGCAUCCCAGCUGGUUGUGAACAGGCGGCACUUGGACGUGCUCUUGCUUUCCGACGCAUUCCUGUGCUGGCCGCCGAGGGGCCAGCCUUGGCUUCAGCUGCACUUCCUGGCUUGUUUUUGUUUCGUUUUCUUUCACAAAAGGAGGACGUUUACGGGCUUGCCAUACCUAACAGGGAGACAAUUCCAAGAAGUGACCCCGUACCUCUUCCCACCCCGCCGGGCUGCUGCCGUGCCGACACCUUGAGGCAUCAGUGAGGGUUGUGGGGCGCGGGGCAGGGCCGGGCUGGGGUGUGAACUCAUUGCAAAGGCACAAAAUGAAGGGGGGGGGGGGGGGGGGGGGGGGGGCUUGCCCUUCAGCUAGAGGCAGCUUUUGAAUAACAGCGUAUUUAUUAAUUAGCACUAAGGUAUUAACAACAGCUCAGUAAUCAGUAUUAGGGUUCUGCGGAGCGUCGCGGUGCAGUUACGCGCGCACCCAACGAGCCGGCGCCAAGCCCCCCCCGGCCAGCCCGGGUCCCCCUCCCCGCCGAGGCUCACGGGGGCAGCGAGGGGAGGGAUCCCGGCGGGUCAGGGGUUCUGCAUCGGGUUUUGAAAAGCUUAAAAAAGGGACGUGACCCCCCCGCGCCGCGCCGGCAGGGUACGCCACCCGCCCCGAAGCGAAGAACUGCACUGAAGAGGAACCAUUUGUACUUUCCAAGAUACGUUUUGCUUACAGCUUCCCUUUCCUGGUCUCAUUGCAUCCAUAUGUUAAUUGUAAAAUUUAUUGUAUAGUAUUUAACCACUGAAUUCCUUUUUCUUUUAUGUUGUGCUUAUGUGAACCACUGGUGAAGGUCCCAUUUUUUUUUUUUUUUUUUCCUUGGAUAAUGUGUAGUUAUAUGAUAAUCUGUUUUUAAAUGUACAGAUAUUUUGCUACAAAAUUGGUGCAGUUUUUUAUGGUUUUUACACUUCUCUUUUAUUCCCCCCUUUAGCCUCUGGGUAAUAUUGUAAAUAUUGUUUAAAAAGGAAAAAAAAAAAAAAAGCAUCAGCCUGUGCUAUACAAUCUGAAUGUUAUUUUAACUUAUAGUUUUUGUUUUUAUAUUUAACUAAAUGGACAGUUUGGGGCUCAAAGUUACCACAUUGACCUCUGCUUGCCUAUUUACAGGAAGUUUACUUUAAAAACUGCCACCUUCUUGCAUUUACAGCGACGUGUACUUGACAUGCUAAAGAGAACAUGCCAGACCGCCUCCUUCUCCACUGACAGUGACAGAAGAGGAUUUUAAUCUGCGUUACGAAAUUUGCCAAUUAAGCCAGUAAAUUGUUAGGCAAACGGCUAAAAGCACCAGCUCUCACGCUCUUCAGCUCAAAGGUAUUUUUUUAAUGGAAGACAACAAUUAUCGUACAACUCGAAUAUAAUGCUGGCAUGUUCUCUUUAAUAUUUUUCUAGUAAUAGACCUGCUUCUUAGCAAUAUUAGAAGUGUUUUAUAAAAGCAGUUCAUGUUACUUUCCUGGUCUGUUCCUGGCAUAAGAUCAAAUAAACUAUUUACACUACUA